CUCAUUUUGGCGGUCCUUGAACUCAUCGUGGUUUGUUUACAUGUACAACUUUCUCCGACGUGUUUUAUGCCACUUCUUUUUCUGUCUCCUUUUGUCCACCGAACUUUUAAGGUUGUGUAUAAAUGCACAAAGACUUUUGCUCCCAUCGGCCAGCAGAGUGCGAGCAGGACGGAGUCGACAGCAACGGCGCGGAGGCUCUGUCAACACAAGCGGGCAAACAAACAGAGGUGAGCGAAGGAGCCGCCUGUUGCCAUGGCGACACAUUCCUCCCGCUCCGGGGCGGCCUGGCGCAGAGUCAGGAGAUGAAGAAACCUGCCCAGCUGUGGUCGGCGGGAGGAGGGAAACGUGGGCGUGCGCAUGAGAGAGAGAGGGAGAAGUGGAGGUGGCUCAGCUGCAGUGGCGGCGGCGGCGGUGGUGGGCGGGGUCAACUGGCAGGAAGUGUGAGAGUGAGGACUUUCAAGUCAGAAUCGAGGAGGACGCUGCUCGGCAUGGACGUCAGCGCCGCCAUGGAUAAGAUGUCCGUGCAGUCGGGUGCAGGAGCUCCGGCUGCGUGCCUCGUUUGUAAGGAAGGCUGCCCCGGUUUGAAGCCUCAUUCCUGGAGGAAAGCCUGCGUCACGUGCGGCUGCAGCUGGCUGGACCACGCCCCCGGCGGCCACCUUGACGACGACCAGCGGAUGGGGCGCCUGCUCGCCGACUCGCCCUGCGCCCACCUGACGGCGAAGGUCAAAGGGGGCGGCGGCCUACGCCUGUACAAGAGGAACCGCAUGAUCGUGACCGACCCAGUGGUGUCGCGCAAAGACCCCACCUUCAACACCACCACCUACGACUGGGCGCCGCCUGGCCUUACCCAGAAACUGGCCAAGCAGUACAUGGAUCUGAUGCCAAAGAGCCAGCACCCGGUCUCUGGAACCGUAGGGGCGUCGGAGCGUCGCAGGCAGCUCCUGAGCCAGCUCCCUUCCUACGACCACGACCCCAAGUGCCAGAGCCUGGCCAGUGACGAGGAGAUCUCCGCCAUGCUGCUGUUUGUGAAGCACUACAAAAAGGAGGUGCUGGGGGUCGGGGAGGUGGCGCUACCUGCUGAAGGCGGAGCUCUGGAGGAGGCGGCCAUCCAGAGGUCCGCCAAGGAAGCCAAAGAGCGUAACCACGGCGACAAGGACGCGGCGGAGCGUCCGUCUCACAUCUCCAAAGAGAACAGCGCCGCCCCUGCUGAUGGAGCCACAGACGGCACGGGCAACAACGCCAAGACUCAAUACCGCUGCACCGGUUGCCGAGGCGAAAUCGGCGCAGAGAGCCCGGCCGUUUUUGCUGAGCGUGCAGGUUACCACGGCAACAUGUGGCAUCCCACCUGCUUCGCGUGUUCCGAGUGCGGACAGGGACUGGUGGACUUGGUCUACUUCUGGUCCGGUCAGAGGCUGCUUUGCGGGCGACACUACUGUCAGAGCGUCUGGCCGCGCUGCUGCGGCUGUGAUGAGCUGAUCUUCUGCAAGUCUUUUCGCAGCACACAAGAUGGAAGGACCUGGCACGCCGGCCACGACUGCUGCUGGAGGUGUGGACAAAGCUCGGACACACCCUGCCAACACUGACACGUCUUCUGUGUGGGUUAGCAUGGCCGCGUGACGCGUUGAUGACAAUAAUAAUAACAAACGGCACCUUUUGAAGUGUGCCUCCGCCGUAGUGCUGCAGAGCUCCCAGGACUGAGUGCUGUUUAAAAAGAGACUCGGCAGUGAAGUGCUAACGACAUGUUUGCUGGAUUACUCAGAGUCCAAACUACUUAAGGACCGCUUGAUUUAUCGCCUCUUAAGCGGCCAACGGUGACGCCAUCCAGAUGUGCUGCUAGCGCGGCGAGGGGAUGAAACGCCGGCUAGCGGCUAACUAACGUGUCAGAGCAGACUCUUUUUUUCAAGCCGAGACUAAAAAAAGGUUGAUUCAAACCUCAGAAAAACUGGACGGAAUUUGACGAAAAGUACUUUCAACUCUAAGACAAUGUGCUUGUUAGCUUCUUUCUGCUAAUCCUCUCUGCUCUUUCUUUGCACAAGUCGUAGUCCCAAGAAAAAUUACCCUAAACUGUGUCAAAUACCUUAUUUACUCCAACGGGACCCAGUUAACCACUGGAAUAAAUGUGACGGAUGCCAGCGAGUGUCGUGCUUUUAGCUCAUUGGCUAGCGGUCUCAACUUUUUAAUCAGGGGUUACAGUUCAAGCCCGAGAAAGAUGCAGAGGUUGGACCAGGUGGGUUCCUUUGGUGCUGUGACCCGGAUUGUCUUAGGGGUGUGAGUCUAAUCAUGUUUGACACUAAGCUGACAGCUCUUCCCAGGGCUUGAACUAAGUCCCCUGAUUGAAACUUGAGACCACUAGCCAAUGAGCUAAAAGCCCGAGCUGUCAGAUUAAUGUCCAACAUGAUUAUGCUCACACCGCAAGACAAUCUGGGUCACGGCACCAAAGUAACCCACCUCCCCCAACCUCUGUGGCCUUCCCAGGGCUUAAACUAGAUCCCCUGAUUAGAAAGUUGAGAUUGUUAGCCAAUCAGCUAAAAGCCCGAGCUGUCAGCUUAGUGUCCAACAUGAUUAUACUCACACCCCAAGACAAUCUGAGUCACGGCACCAAAGUAACCCACCUGGUCCAACCCCUGCGUCCUUCCCAGGGCUUAAACCAGAUUCCCUGAUUAGAAAGUUGAGAUUGUUAGCCAAUGAGCUAAAAGCCAGAGCUGUCAGCUUAGUGUCCAACAUGAUUACACUCACACCCCUAAGACAAUGUGGGUCACGGCACCAAAGUAACCCACCUCCCCCAACCUCUGCGUCCUUCCCAGGGUUUAAACUAGAUCCCCUGAUUAGAAAGUUGAGAUUGUUAGCCAAUGAGCUAAAAGCCCGAGCUGUCAGCUUAGUGUCCAACAGGAUUAUACUCACACCCCAAGACAAUCCGGGUCACUGCACCAAAGUAACCCACCUGGUCCAACUCCUGUGUCCUUCCCAGGGCUUAAACUAGAUCCCCUGAUUAGAAAGUUGAGAUUGUUAGCCAAUGAGCUAAAAGCCCGAGCUGUCAGCUUAGUGUCCUACAGGAUUAUACUCACACCCCAAGACAAUCCGGGUCACUGCACCAAAGUAACCCACCUGGUCCAACCUCUGCGUCCUUCCCAGGGCUUAAACUAGAUCCCCUGAUUAGAAAGUUGAGAUUGUUAGCCAAUGAGCUAAAAGCCAGAGCUGUCAGCUUAGUGUCCAACAUGAUUACACUCACACCCCUAAGACAAUCUGGGUCACGGCACCAAAGUAACCCACCUCCCCCAACCUCUGCGUCCUUCCCAGGGCUUAAACUAGAUCCCCUGAUUAGAAAGUUGAGAUUGUUAGCCAAUGAGCUAAAAGCCCGAGCUGUCAGCUUAGUGUCCAACAGGAUUAUACUCACACCCCAAGACAAUCCGGGUCACUGCACCAAAGUAACGCACCUGGUCCAACCUCUGCGUCCUUCCCAGGGCUUAAACUAGAUCCCCUGAUUAGAAAGUUGAGAUUGUUAGCCAAUGAGCUAAACGCAUGAACUGUCAGCUUAGUGUCCAACAUGAUUAUACUCACACCACAAGACAAUCCGGGUCACGGCACAAAAGUAACCCACCUCCCCCAACCUCUGCGUCCUUCCCAGGGCUUAAACUAGAUCCCCUGAUUAGAAAGUUGAGAUUGUUAGCCAAGACCUAAACGCAUGAGCUGUUAGCUUAGUGUCCAACAUGAUUACACUCACACCCCAAGACAAUCCGGGUCACGGCACCAAAGUAACCCACCUCCCCCAACCUCUGCUUCCUUCCCAGGGCUUAAACUAGAUCCCCUGAUUAGAAAGUUGAGAUUGUUAGCCGAUGAGCUAAACGCAUGAGCUGUCAGCUUAGUGUCCAACAUGAUUACACUCACACCCCUAAGACAAUCUGGGUCACGGCACCAAAGUAACCCACCUCCCCCAACCUCUGCAUCCUUCCCAGGGCUUAAACUAGAUCCCCUGAUUAGAAAGUUGAGAUUGUUAGCCAAUGAGCUACAAGCCCGAGCUGUCAGCUUAGUGUCCAACAUGAUUAUACUCACACCCCAAGACAAUCCGGGUCACGGCACCAAAGUAACCCACCUGGUCCAACCCCUGCAUCCUUCCCAGGGCUUAAACUAGAUCCCCUGAUUAGAAAGUUGAGAUUGUUAGCCAAUGAGCUACAAGCCUGAGCUGUCAGCUUAGUGUCCAACAUGAUUAUACUCACACACCAAGAAAAUCCGGGUCACGGCACCAAAGUAACCCACCUGGUCCAACCCCUGCAUCCUUCCCAGGGCUUGAACUGGAUCCCCUGAUUAAAAGUUGAGACUACUUGCCAAUGUCUAACACUUCCCAAAUGUUUACUGAGUCUUAUUAAAAGGAAAGGCCGUGUAACACAGUGGUAAAAAUGCCCCCGUCUGUUUAAUUGAAUAUACUGUAAGUUGAAAAGGAUUUGCAAAUCAUUGUAUUCUGUUCUUAUUUAACAUUUACACAAUGUGCCAACUGGGUUUUGUAUUAUAUUUCAUUUUUCAAGAUGCCCGUUACUCUCUGCAGUUAAGUAUUAAUGCCUGCAGCCACCAUAGGAUUGAAAUGAUACAAUAAGCACCAAAACUGCUUCGAGCUUUCCCAGUUUUGAUGUUUUGAAAUGAGUUUGAAAGUGUUUUUCUUUUGCUUAAUGUGUUUCUGCAAUUUUCUCAAAUACUAUUAUUACUUUUGACUGAAGAAAGUGAAAGCGAAUAUUAAAUUAAAGUUGAUUUUGCAUCUUUGUGUUCAACGCAAAA